AUGUCUUACGAAACUGUUAUUCAAACUGCUCAAAAUGAUACUUCAUUAACUUUAAACCAUACAUGUGUUCGUGUUAAGGAUCCAAAGGUUAGUGUUGAAUUUUAUACUGAAAAAUUAGGUAUGAAAUUAUUAAAACGUAAAGAUUUCCCAGAGAUGAAAUUUUCUUUAUAUUUUUUGGCUUAUCCAAGAGAUGAUUUACCAAUUGAUCCAAAUGGUGAAGUUAUGCCAUUUGGAGUUCCUGGUAUAUUAGAACUAACUCAUAAUUGGGGUACUGAAAAUGAUUCAAAUUUUAAAGUCUCUAACGGUAAUGAAGAGCCACAUAGAGGUUUUGGUCAUAUUUGCAUUACUACUAAAGAUAUCAAUGCAAUGUGUGAAAAAUUAGAGUCCAAAAAUGUUAAUUUUAAGAAGAGACUAGUUGAUGGUAGACAAAAGGAUAUUGCAUUCAUCUUAGAUCCAGAUAAUUAUUGGAUUGAAUUAUGUGCUUAUAACCCUAGUGAAAGUGGUAAAAAUGUUAAUGAUUAUAGAUUAAACCAUACAAUGAUUAGAAUUAAAGAUCCAGCAAAGACUUUACCAUUUUAUGAAAAUGUCCUUGGUAUGAAAGUAAUUGAAAAAUCUGUUCAUGAAAAUGGUAAAUUUACAUUGUAUUUCUUAGGUUAUGGUUUACAAGAAGGUGAAUCAAAAAGAUCUACUCAAGGUAUGUUAGAAAUUACACACAAUUGGGGUACAGAGACAGAUUCAGAGUUUCAAUAUCAUAAUGGUAAUGAAAAACCACAAGGUUAUGGACAUAUUUGUAUUGCAUCAGAUGAUCCUGAAAAGAUGUGUAAAGAAAUUGAAGAAAAAUAUGGUGAUAAAAUUACUUGGUCUCCAAAAUAUAAUCAUGGUAAGAUGAAGAAUUUAGCAUUCAUUAAGGAUCCAGAUAAUUAUUCAAUUGAAAUUAUCCCAAGAGGUAUUGUUUUAUAA